AGAUUCUAGAGACUGAAUGACAAAAAUAGAUUUAGAGCACUUGUAACAGUGCCUAGCAUGUAUUGGGCACUCUAUUUUAUUAAUAGUGUUUUUUUUUUUUUUUUUUUUUAAUCACGACCUUGGUUAAAUCACGGGUUUUUUUUUUUUUUUUUUUCUUUUUCCUUUUAAGCCUCCGUUUUCUCAUCCGGAAGACGGAGUUAAGAAACUUACAUAACAGCUUUGGAAUCUCCCUCUGUGGUGGGCUCUGGGAUCUGCCAUUCUGUCUCUCUGCUUCCUUCUGGGGUGAGUGGGUCACCUCAAAUGGAGCUGCAGAGACACAGCAGAUGAUGGGGCGACCCGCACUCUUCCAGCACGGAGGGAGGGACCCGAGUUAACCAGGACGCGAUUUCCUGGCGGCACUCCCGGGACAAGAGGUGAGGAGGCGCAGAUACCAUUGAAAGAUACAGCAAGUGGCCAUUUCCAAGAUAGCAAGUAGGGGAGGAGCCAGAACCACUGAAAGCUCAAGUUAAAUUACCUAGAUGACUGAUAAUGGUCUCCAGCUGCCAAAGAACAUUGUGGAUGCCAAGAGAAAGGUAACCACUUCUCAUCCCUUCAAGUGGAAUUGGAUGCCUCUGGGAGCCUACAUAGACUGGCAGUAGAAAUGGCCGAAUUUGCAAGCUAUAAGGAUACUGCCUCCAGCCGCCACCUGCGAUUUAAGUUACAGAGUCUAAGCCGCCGCCUUGAUGAGUUGGAGGAAGCCACAAAAAACCUCCAGAAAGCUGAGGAUGAGCUAUUGGAUCUCCAGGACAAGGUGAUUCAGGCAGAAGGCAGCAACUCCAGCAUGCUGGCUGAGAUUGAAGUGCUGCGCCAGCGGGUGUUGCGAAUUGAAGGCAAAGAUGAAGAGAUUAAGAGGGCAGAGGAUCUGUGUCAGCUUAUGAAGGAGAAACUUGAAGAGGAAGAAAACCUCACCCGGGAGCUAAAGUCUGAGAUUGAGCGGCUUCAGAAACGAAUGGCUGAGCUAGAGAAGCUAGAAGAUGCCUUUAGCAGAAGUAAGAAUGACUGCACCCAACUUUGCUUAAGCCUUAAUGAGGAGAGAAAUCUGACAAAGAAAAUCUCCUCUGAGCUGGAAACACUCAGGAUCAAAGUGAAGGAAUUGGAAUCUUCUGAGGAACGCCUGGAUAAAACUGAGCAGAGUUUAGUGUCAGAGUUAGAACAGCUGAAAUCAUUAACCUUGAACUUUGUGAGUGAGAGAAAAUACUUGAGUGAAAAAGAAAAGGAAAAUGAGAAAUUGAUAAAAGAGCUCACUCAGAAGCUGGAGCAGAACAAAAAAAUGAAUCGAGAUUAUAUAAGAAACACGCCUAACCUUCUGGAACGGAAUGAUUUGAGGAUUGAGGAUGGCAUCUCCUCUCCACUGCCAUCCAAAGAGUCAAGAAGAAAGGGCACUCUGGACUACCUAAAGCAAGUAGAGAAUGAAACGAGAAACAAAUCAGAAAAUGAAAAGAACCGAAAUCAGGAAGACAACAAAGUCAAAGAUCUUAACCAAGAGAUUGAGAAACUUAAGGUACAAAUCAAGCAUUUUGAAUCUCUGGAGGAAGAGCUUAAGAAAAUGAGGGCCAAAAAUAAUGACCUUCAGGACAAUUACCUUAGUGAACAGAAUAAAAAUAAACUCUUAUCCAGCCAGCUGGAGGAAAUAAAGCUACAAAUCAAGAAACAGAAAGAGUUAGAGAAUGGGGAGGUGGAAGGGGAAGGUACUUUCUUGUCCAGCAAAGGCAGGCACGAGAGGACUAAGUUUAAAGGCCACCAUGGCAAUGACACCCCACAGUCCAAGCACACAUCCCGAGAGCAGUCCCCUCAGCAUAAGCGGGAAAGGCACCGAAACAGGGAGUUUGCUAUCAACAAUGAAAACUAUUCACUGAGCAAUAGGCAGGUUUCUUCUCCCAGUUCCACCAAUAGGAGAGCAGCCAAAGCUUCCAACCCAGGGGCAAGUACAGACAGUGGGAACCAGGAGACAAAGAGACCUGAUGACCGAUUUGUUCCUGGCUCCUCUCAAAGUGAAGGGAAGAAGUCCAGGGAGCAGCCUUCUGUGCUUAGCCGCUACCCACCAGCUGUCCAGGAACAUAGUAAAGUCUGGAAGGGAACUGCGAAGCCAGGUACUGACAGUGGGUUGAAAGGAAGAGUAGAGAAGGCAACACGAACAUUUAAUGAUACCACCCACGGAAAUAUUGCCAGUGACAUUUUGGGUAGAGCUGACAAGGCUUCUGAUACCUCCACUGAGACCUACUUUGGCAAGAGGGGCCAGGCAGUUGGCAGUGGGAGUCAAAUAACUCAGGUUGCAGACUCUGGCAGUUUUAAGGCCAUUGGAGCUCUGGCCUCAUCUCGAAGGUCCUCCUCAGAAGGGCUCUCCAAGGGCAAAAAGACUGCCAAUGGGACUGAAUCUGAUACCAGUUCCCUGAACUCCAAGGCUCUUCUUUUAGCAAAGUAUCCUUAUAGCUCCAAAAGCCAAGAGAACAUCUUUCAGGGCUUUUCAACUCCAAAUAAAGAGGGAGGUGAGCAACUCACAGCAGUGAUGAUGGAAGAAGGUGGAGAGCAUGAAGCACUGAGGUGUCAUGUUACCAAAUUCAGUGGCAGAGAGAAGCCAGACUCAGAUGAGGACAUGGAUAUAGCAUCUCUUGUUACUGCCAAGUUGGUAAACACGACCAUCACCCCAGAGCCAGAACCUAAACAGCAGCCCAACUCAAGAGAAAAGGCCAAAUCUCGAGGAGGACUUAGAACCUCUCUGUUUGAGAAUGAUAAGGAUGCUGAGACAGAAAAUGAAUCCGUGAAGCCUGCCAGAGCCUGCAGCAAUGUGAUGGAGCUCCCAGAUGCCAGUAGUACCGGGGGGAAAAGCCAGCGGUCCUUCAGCCCCAGAGAGGCCUUGCAGUCAAGAGCGGUCAUCAAACCAGUCAUCAUUGAUAAGGAUGUGAAAAAGAUCAUGGGAGGGUCUGGGACCGAGGCCACCUUGGAGAAGCAAAAACCUACUUCCAAAUCCGGGUUAAAUAAAGUGACAAGCAGCAUUACCAUCUACCCCUCUGACACUGGUGGCCCUAGAACCGGCCCUGGAGAGGCCCCUCGGGAAAGGCACACAUCCACCAGCAACAUCCAGGUUGGGUCAGCGGACCUGGCAGCAGUGAGCAACCAUGUCAGCUCCCCUUUUGAGCUCUCCAUUCACAAACAUGACAUCACCUUGCAGUUCAUGGAAGCUGAAAAGUUGGGAGAUGGGGCCCUGAAGAACAGGGCGGAAACGGUGGUCUCUCGGAGCAGCAUUAUUAUAAAGCCAUCUGAUCCCAUGGAGAGGAAUAGUCAUGCUCCCCCAGCGGAGACAAUCACGUGGAAAAGCCAUAGCAUACCCGCAGAAGUGGGUUCCUCUGACACCAGACAUGUUACCGUGCGGAAUGCCUGGAAGAGUAGGCGAGACUUGAACUCUUUAGACCAUCCCCCAGCUCGAAUAGGGAAAAAUGUGGAAUCCAAUGCCUACACUCAGAGGUCUUCCUCAGACUACUCAGAACUUGAACAAUCCAGGUCAGACUUUUCUGAACAAGGCACCCGAAGGGUAGCAAAUUCUGGAGAUGGCCGUGAGGUGCCCUCCAGAAGGACCCAAAGUAGCCUCACCGUGUCAGAGGUGCUCACUCGUCGGAAUCGAGUGGACGACACCAUCACCUCUGCAGCCUGUAACCACUCAUCAGGCAUGGAAAAAAGUGAAGACUGUGCACUCAGUAUGUACCGGCGGCUGCACAACUCCCUGGAACGGUCUGGAUUGCCUGCAAAGCAGGGGCUGCCAGAGCUGGGCCGUGGACGGGCUGAGGAGCGGUUGCGACCAAGCAGACCCUGUGCCGAGGAAAACUGAGCCAUCCAGUGGAUCUGCUCUCUCCUCUGCUCCUGCUUCUCAGCUCCCCCACCUUCCUGCCCUUGGAAGGAUCCAAGACCAGUUUACCACGCUAGACAGCAGGCCUUGGCUGGGAGACUGGCAGUCGGGCCAUGGCUCAGGUCAUUUUUGCCAGUUGAUCAGAGGGGAUCAGACUACAACAGGCUGGAUGGUUACCCAGGCCCACCUUCCCUGAUGCAUGAGUCCUCUCUCUCCUUGUCCCCAUCCCCAGGUAGGAUGGACCACUCUCACACCCACAUGGGGAAGGUAUAGCAACACUAAUAUCUAUGCCCACCACACAACAGCAGCUGAAAGCUCUUCUCUGCUCCUUGGGUGGGCUGUUUCCAUGAUGUAGGGCAACCCGUUCUCUGUAGUUUUUGUUCUGAUUUCUUAGUCUUCUCAUCACACCCACUUUACUCUGUGUUUGCCCUAAAGGGCCCAAGUACCCAGUAGGACUUUAUCAGCCAUCCAUUUCAUGAGGGGGCGUCUUCCUUUCCCCAUUGGGAUUACUCAAGACUUUUUGAUUUUUACAAAUUUUAAACAUAAGAGGUAUGUGCUAUCUCUAAGGGGUUAUGGGUCUUCCCUGUAAGUUAAGGCUUCUCUGACCUGACUGGCUGACCAUUGUUUUCUGGGGGCAGAGCACACGGAUCCCUGUUUGUUGGAAUCCCCCUACUAUCCUUCCUUCCAAAGGCACCCAGAAGUGCACAAGCCUUAUGCGUUGUUUUCUGGACACUUUAAUAUGCUGCUCCUCUCCUGUGGCUGGAGAUUUCAGGCUGAUUUCAUCUUUUCCACUUUAGGAAUAUCUUCAGACUAAACUGGGCCUGACCCAGUGUACUCUGCCUUCUAGGAAGUAUCCAGCAAAGGGGAAAGCAGACAGGAAGAAGUGAUUUCCCUUUAGUCACUCCACAAGCAAUAGCUCCAUGAAAGGCAUGGACUUCCUCCUUCAUCCCUUAUGGAGAAGGUAUCGCACUUUAUCAAGCUGACGCUUCCCUACAGAUGGAUGCUCGUGAUUUCUGCAGAGACUAUCAAUCUGAUGACUCAUUAGAGGAAAGAUGAUACGUGCCCAUCUAGAGCCCCAGGUACAAGUAAUUCAAAAUGCAGCAAAUCUUUUAGGAAACCACAUAAUUGGCUAGUUUUCUUAUACCAAGCACAUGGGGGAGGUUAAAAAGUAACAUAUUAUUGGCACUGCUUUUUCUAUAGCAUUUUCUCAAUUCAAAGAAAGGGAUCUUUUAAAGCCUGCCUUUGGAGGUAGAUAUGGUUGUCUUCACAGUGAAAAUGAGCAUGAGGAGUCAAGAAAGCUGACUUUUCAUGACUUCCUUUUGGAUGAUAGUGUGCCAGCCAUUGUCCUCUUGGGGCAGGCCUCAGCCACUAUAUCUGUAAGAUGAGUUUUGUGAAAUGGAUGAUGUCUAUAGGCCUUAAGUCUCGUAUUCUGAGAUUUUUCUGUUCCACCAUCCUUUGUGAUUCUCACUUCUGGCAUGAUGCAUAAGUUUGGGGACCAUUUUCCUUCCUGUCUUUUUUUCUGGGGGACCCAUUCCUUGCGAUUUCUUCAAGUUUAAUGUCAUAAGGAUGAGCUCUGAGAAUCUCCUUUGGCCUCAGUUUUUCCAUCCUAAAAGAUAUAAAGGGGUUAGAGGUCUCUGUGGCCCCUUUGGCACUAAUCUUGUUAAAUGUCACAAAGGACUUUUUGGCCUUCUGGCCAGGUUCUUUGUUUAACACACAUUGGUAUAGCUCUUGCAUCUGUGCUUCUUCCGCUUCCACUUGGUUGGUGUGGGAACCAGCAUUCCCCCUCAUUUGUCUGCAUCAGACUAAGCAGUCCCAGGGGGAGCACCUCCCCAUUUUAAGGAUAGGAAUGUUUUGCCAUACUUCUAUCUUCUAGAACUGAAUCAGUGUAAGGGCAGUGCCAUGUGGCUUUGCCUUCCCUCUCCACAUUCCUGCCAUAAAUGUUCAAUUUAAGCUGUUUUUCAAGACGUCUUCCUGCUGCUUCUCGAAUCACUGGCCAGAAAGAAGCUUGCCCAAAGCUGCAACCCCUUACUUUGUAGCCUCCCUGCCAUACUUCACUCGGCAAUCCUAAGCGUCCAAAGGGAACUAACUUCUGUGGUGAUCAACAGAAGAAAUUAAUGCUGGUUUUUCUCUGGAUAGAAACAGAAGGGUGCCAAACCAGGCCUACAAAGAUCUUGCCAACAAUUCUCAUCUGUGGGCAUUGGAGCCCUGGAUUCUGGUGCUGUAGCUCUGGUGCCAAAGUCUGGAUCUUUCUAUUUUUCAGCAGCACCAACAUCUAUUACCCAACAUGCUCUGUGGAAGAGGGACAGCUGCCAUGCCCUCUUGCUGGGACUGCUAUCUUAAAACCUGAGUGCAAUUGGGUUUGAUUGUAACAGUUACUUCAGGACAAAUACUGUUUCCUUAAUCUGCACACUUUCUAGAACCGCUAUAAAAUAGAUUUUAUUUUUAAACAACUUCAGCAUUGCAGCAAAUACUGUUGUUGUAAGUGAAGGCUGGAAGCUCAGGUGUUCUGAGCUUCAAAUGGCUGGCAAGGCUGACUCCCAAAAUCCAAAGUUGAAAGACAUGUAAAAUAACUUGGGUGAGACAUUCUGGAUCCAGGCCUCAUCAUCAAGAAUCCUGGAGGAAAUCACCAAAUAAGGGGGAGGUCUGAUAGUUAAAUAGUUGUCUAAUCAAGCCAAAUAUCCCCACUGUCCCAACCAACAAGCCCACUUUUAUGACAAGUCUCUUCUGCUUCUUGGCUCCAACUUGAAAUUUUAUUGGCAGUUAGAUGGUUGUGAGACUUCUUAGUGAGGCUGGGGAAAUCUGGUACUCCAUAGCUGCUGAGUUGGAGGAAGCAGAGCUGGGCUCAGUCACCUGCUAACCUGUUUACCAUCAGAGUUGCAGAAAUGGUGGGCAAGAAAAAAAAUGGCUGUUUUUUUCUGAGUGGCAAUUAAACAACUUGAGUGUAGACUAGAGGGAUCUGCAGUGGGGCCAAGGACCUGUGCCUUGCCUAUAGCCGUGGUAACUUGCACAUAAAUCAUCUCCCUUAUCAUGAGGUAUUUGGGAGAUUGACUUUGAUCUUGGACUUGCCAUCCAGGGGCUGGGGCAGUUUUAAUUCUUUAUAUUUAGUGGGUUUGUGCCAAGUGCUACCACUGUCCAGUAAAGGAAGGUGACCCAGGGAACCUAGCCUCUGGGUCCCUAGCUGCCUUUAUUGCUGUGGGUUUUUUGUUGUUAUUCUGACAAGACUGCUGUGGAAGAGCUGUUUUUAGGGAUUAUCUUUUGAAUACCCCUUCUGGGGAACAGGGUUUUCCUCAAAGCCUCACAACCAAGAUCUUAGGAAAUAGGCCCUAUUUUCCUGCUGCUCACAGCUCAGAACAUGUACUGAAUGGAAUGUAUUUUUAAGAGAAUAAAGUCUAUUUUUUUGUAUUUUAAAGAUUGGGAGGGCUAGAAAGGUAGUCCUCAGAUAAACGUAUUGCAUUAUAGGUCCCUUUGCUGGGGGCAUCACUAUCUGUUGGUCCACACCUACUUACUCAGGCAGGUGCUCUGGUCUCACCCCUGGCCCCUUGGAGCCUAGGUGCAGCAGCUUCUACAUUCCUGCUCCAAGCUUGGGACCAAGGAGGUCAAACCCUGUCACUGGGAAAUCAGGGCAAAGCCAUGAGCAGUGACUCAGGGCUCCUUGGGUGCAUGUGUAUAGUUGAAGCUGCCUGUCUGCAUGUAUCCUCUAGCUCCAAUGCUGUUUGUUGGCUCUGCAGCACAAUAUGUAACCAAUAAAGCUCCCUAGUUCCCAUGUG